AUGACCUCAAGGCUGCCCAUUGGUGUCAGUACGCAGUGGUUGUGGGCGACCUACAUCAACACCUGGAGGCGAGGGUCUUCACCGAGGUCACAGCCCGGCAUCUCCGCCCAGACCAGCACCUCAGCACCCCAGCACCCCACACAGCGCCCUACACACACAAGCCUGGACAAGAAAACACCCGAUACCUCCUCCCAGUCAUCGCCCCAUCCUUCCUCUUUCCAUCCACACUAUCCACAUCCACCUAUCUUCAUCCGUUAUCCAGUUAUCGCCAUUUUUAUCAAGGUUUUUUCCCUCUACAUCUUCCAUCCUCCUCGGAGGUCAGAAAUCUUGGCUGCAUUUUAUCUCCUGUUUUCUCCACUUUCCUCUCACUCCUCCUCCACCUCCUUGUAUCCACUUGUAGCCCCAUCCUUCCUCUUUCCAUCCACACUAUCCACAUCCACCUAUCUUCAUCCGUUAUCCAGUUAUCGCCAUUUUUAUCAAGGUUUUUCUCUCUACAUCUUCCACCAUCCUCGGAGGUCAGAAAUCUUGGCUGCAUUUUAUCUCCUGUUUUCUCCACUUUCCUCUCACUCCACCUCCUCCUCCUUGUUUCCACUUGUAGCCCCAUCCUUCCUCUUUCCAUCCACACUAUCCACAUCCACCUAUCUUCAUCCGUUAUCCAGUUAUCGCCAUUUUUAUCAAGGUUUUUCUCUCCCCAUCUUCCACCAUCCUCGGAGGUCAGAAAUCUUAGCUGCAUUUUAUCUCCUGUUUUCUCCACUUUCCUCUCACUCCACCUCCUCCUCCUUGUAUCCACUUGUAGCCCCAUCCUUCCUCUUUCCAUCCACACUAUCCACAUCCACCUAUCUUCAUCCGUUAUCCAGUUAUCGCCAUUUUUAUCAAGGUUUUUCUCUCCCCAUCUUCCACUGUUCUCGGAGGUCAGAAAUCUUGGCUGCAUUUUAUCUUCUGUUUCCUCCACUUUCCUAUCACUCCACCUCCAUCUCCUUGUAUCCACUUGUAGCCCCAUCCUUCCUCUUUCCAUCCACACUAUCCACAUCCACCUAUCUUCAUCCGUUAUCCAGUUAUCGCCAUUUUUAUCAAGGUUUUUUCCCUUUACAUCUUCCAUCAUCCUCGGAGGUCAGAAAUCUUGGCUGCAUUUUAUCUCCUGUUUUCUCCACUUUCCUCUCAAUCCUCCUCCACCUCCUUGUAUCCACUUGUAGCCCCAUCCUUCCUCUUUCCAUCCACACUAUCCACAUCCUCCUACCUUCAUCCACUUCUCAGCACGAGCAGGAAAUCGGCGAGGAUGUCUUCAAGAUGUCCGCCGGCAGCCAUACUUGA